AAUAACCCCACCAUUUGUUCUUCUCUCUCCUCUCUUCAAUCAUUCUCUAGUUUACUCACGUCUCUCUCUCACAUUAAACCCCCCUUUCUCACUCUCCUUCUCUUUCUUUCGUGUGUGUGUUCCUCCAAUUAUACUAAUAAUUUUAAUUUCAACUCAAAAGCAAUUCUCCUUAGAGAAUCAAUCCACAAAGUUAAGAUAAUUUUAACCCAUUAGUCCAAAAAUUUUAAUUUUUUUUCUUGUUAUUUUUGUCAAUUUUUAAUUUUUAAUUUUAAAAACCCACAGGAAAUUCUCUUUCUUUACGGCUCUCUUUUCCUUGUUGUCUCCUGUUCAAGAAGAUCACUUUUAUUGGGUUUUCUUUUGUGUUUCGUGUGUAAAUUCCUCCAUUUGUUUUCUGCAUGUAAAUGCUCUUCAACUUUCGCACCAGCUUUCAACUUCGUUGACCCUUUUUGGAGUUAUACAAUGGGUCAGGGUGCUGAAGAUUCCGUUUUAGGCUCUUGGAAGAUUCCAACAGCAUGUAAGUCACUAGAAACGGGAACUAGUAUGUGGAAUAAGGGUUCCAACUCGUUGUAUCAUACCUCAAGUGACGCAUCCUUAUUCUCGAGCUCAUUGCCUGUUCUUCCUCAUGAAAAGUUAAGCAUCAAUGAUCCUGGGAAUGGGCGGCAAGCUGCUGAUGAUGGCGGGAAAAACUUGAAUAACGGGGACCUAGUUGUUGAGGGAAACGAUUUACUUGACAAUGAUAUUGUAAAGCACACAAUUGGCUUUCUUUUACCUGGCGAUGAAGACGAACUCUUUGCUGAUAUAGCAAAUGAUUAUGAUUUUAAUACCGUGAGUAACCAAAUAGAUGAUUUGGGGGAGGGUGAUGUUUUUGGUAAUUUGGGAGGUAUGGAGUUAGAAAAUGAUGUCCAGGAUAACUUGAGCUUAGAUAUGUCGAUGGUCAGUCUCUCUGAUGGCAUAACUAGUAAUGGAAUGCUUCAUUAUGGCCCUCCAAAUGGUAUGGGAACUAUUGCUGGAGAACAUCCAUACGGAGAACACCCUUCUCGAACACUAUUUGUUCGUAAUAUAAAUAGCAAUGUUGAGGACUCUGAAUUAAGAAGUCUUUUCGAGCAAUACGGCAACAUCCGAACUCUGUAUACAGCAUGCAAGCACAGAGGCUUUGUGAUGAUUUCUUAUUACGACAUUCGUGAUGCGAGAGCAGCCAUGCGGGGUUUACAGAAUAAGCCAUUGCGCCGGAGGAAACUUGACAUACACUUUUCUAUUCCUAAGGAUAACCCAUCCGAGAAGGAUAUCAAUCAGGGAACACUAGUGGUCUUUAAUCUGGAUCCAUCAGUUUCAAAUGAGGAACUGCGUCAGAUUUUUGGGGUUUAUGGAGAGGUCAAAGAGAUAAGGGAAACACCGCAUAAGAAGCAUCAUAAGUUUAUUGAAUUCUAUGAUGUGAGACAUGCAGAGGCGGCACUCAGUGCAUUGAAUAGGAGUGACAUAGCUGGAAAACGCAUAAAGCUUGAACCCAGUCGCCCUGGUGGUACACGUCGAAACUUGAUGUUGCAAUUGAAUCAUGAGCUUGAGCCUGAAGAAUCACGAUUUCGGCAGCUUGUUGGUUCUCCAAUAAACAACUCCCCUCCUGGCGGUUGGCUACAGCAGUUGAGCAGUCCUGUUGAAAACAAUUCAAUGCACACUUUUAGCAAAUCCCCCGGAUACAGGACAAUGAGCCCUACAACAACAAACAGCCAUCUUCCUGGAUUGGCAUCAAUUCUGCAUUCUCAAGCAUCUGUUUCACCGAAACUUGCACCGAUUGGCAAAGACUUCGGCAGGGGAAGCCAUGUUGAGCAAUUGUUUGGCAGUAGUUCUGAGCAGAGAGCCAAUUUACAGCCUUCACAUUCACUUCCUGGGCUGAAGUUAGGGAGCCAGUUAUCUGGCUCCAUAUCAUCGUUUUGUGGAUCCACUUCAAAUGGAUCUACCAUUGAGACUUUAUCUGGACCCCAGUUUCUUUGGGGGAGUCCCAAAACCGUUUUAGAAAAUUCAAAGUCAACUGCCUGGACAGCCCAAUCGGGAAAUCCCCUCUUGUCCAAUGGACAUCGGCAUGGGUUUCCAUAUUCUGGUCGUCAUGGGCCCUACGUAAGCUCAACCCAGCAUUAUCAGCAGCAUGUUGGAUCUGCUCCUUCUGGUAUUCAUCAUCUAGAAAGGCACUUUGGCUUCUUUCCAGAAUCACCAGAGACAUCAUAUGUGAACCAUGGUGGUUUUGGGAGUGUAACCCGAGUUCCUAACAAUGGCAGUUACAUGAUGAAUGUUGGUCCUCGAUCCACACUACAUGGUAGCAUUGCGGGGAACAUGUCUGAAAGUAAUUCCCCUAGUUUUAGGAUCAUGUCUUCACCAAGACUUAGUCCUGUAUUUCUUGGUAAUGGUUUAUAUCCUGGGCAAGUUGUUGGCUUAGAGUCUGAGCGAAUUCGAAGUCGACGGUUUGAAAAUAAUGUAAAUCAGGUUGAUAGCAAAAGGCACUUUCAAUUAGACUUGGAGAAGAUUGCAAGUGGUGAAGAUACCAGGACAACGUUGAUGAUAAAAAAUAUUCCAAACAAGUAUACCUCAAAGAUGUUAUUAACCGCUAUCGAUGAAAAUCACAAAGGCACUUAUGAUUUUAUCUAUCUACCCAUUGAUUUCAAGAACAAGUGUAAUGUAGGUUACGCGUUUAUCAAUAUGCUGUCUCCAUCGCACAUCAUCCCAUUCUAUAAGGCUUUUAAUGGCAAGAAGUGGGAAAAAUUUAAUAGUGAGAAAGUAGCAUCCUUGGCAUAUGCUCGCAUUCAGGGAAGGUCAGCCCUCAUUGCCCACUUUCAGAAUUCGAGCUUAAUGAAUGAAGAUAAGCGUUGUCAACCCAUUUUAUUCCAUUCCGAUGGCAAUGAAGUAGAUGAGCAGAUUAUCCAAGAACAUCUGCUUUCAAACAGUUUUAACAUCCAGAAUUGCGAGUCAAAUGUGUCCGAUUCAGACGAACCCGUUGGAAACAAUGGAAAAGAUGGUCUAGACGAGAAUCCCGACAGACUUUUGUAGAAAUGGUUCACCAUACUACUCGGGAGGCUGGUUAAUAUGCUAACUUUUUUUGUAUAUACGAUGAAAAUGUGUUUUGAAUCCGGACUCAUGGUUUUUUGCUCGAGAACUCUGGAACUAGCGGCUGUGGUUUGGCUUGGCAGGCUAUGCGGGACCAAGGACUAAAAAGCUGAAGUAAAUAAUCCAAUCCCCUCUUCUGUUUUUCUGUUUCGGAAAAAGAAAAAUCGAAUAGUUUUCCCCUCCGUUAUUUUUUUUAUGUAGGGGUCCGUAAAAUUGUAAUUUGUGAUUUUUGAGUCGGAUCAAAUUGUGAAUAUAAUCCAAUACAUAGUGUCAAAAACUAAUGUUAUGUAUAUGAAAUUCCUAUCGAUAAAGUCUUUGUAAUUUACAGUUA